AGGUUCCAGAGGAGGAGGCGCGGGGCAGAGGCGCAGCAGCAGUAUCCGUGGUGUCAGUCGGCAGUGGCAGGAGGCCAAUCAGGACCAGAAGGAGAACCUGCACCUCCUGCACCUGCACGAGGAAGAGAAGGAGGAGGGCGACCGGGCACCUCCUGCUGCCCCACUCCCCUGAGGCCUCCUCAAGUGCUGCGUGGAAACCAAGAGGAGCUGAAGGAGGCGCAGCAGCUCGAGCUUCCGGGACGGCGAGCUUCGAACGCCACAGACCGCCGGGAAGAGGAGGCGAGGGAGGCGAGGGAGGAGAGGGAGGAGAGGGAGGAGAGGGAGGCCGCAGAGCGCCGCCAGAAGAUGGAUUUUAAGGCCAACCUCAAGGGCGUCAAGGCCAAGGUGGAGGAGGAGCUCAAGGGGAACUCCUCGCAGCAGGUCGACUUCCGCACCGUGUUGGGCAAGAAGGGCGCCAACAAGAAGAAGCCGGCGAGCCCCGAGAAGAACGGGGAGAGCGACAAGGCCGCGGCAAACCACUGCGUGGACGGAGGGAUUAACGAGAAGAACGGCGGAGGAGGAGGAGGAGGAGGAGGAGGAGGAGGAGGGAAGGCCCCGGGCUUCGUGGACCAGCUGAGCGACGUGACGGUGCUGGACGGGCAGCGGCUGCGGCUGCAGUGCCGCCUCGCCGCCGCCUCGGUUCCCUCAGACGCCGCCGCCGUCACCUGGAUGCUGGACGGGAAGGUCAUCAAGUCCUCCAAGUUCAUCGUGCUCGCCAACGAAGGCGGGCUGUGCUCCCUGACGAUAGACAAAGCUCUGCCAGAGGACGAAGGCCAGUACAAGUGUCGAGCUGAGAGCUCAGCAGGCCAAGACGAAUGUUCCUGUAUGGUUCUAGUAGACGAUCCAUCAGAAAACUCUCCGGCUGACAAGAAGUCCAAGAAGAAGACUCCGACCUCGGAGAGUGAAGCGAGAAUAAAGAAGCCAACAGCCAAGACUCCUCCGAAACAAGCGCUUCCUCCUCAGAUCCUGCAGUUCCCGGAGGACAUGAAGAUCCUGGCGGGGGAGACGGUGGAGAUCCACUGCAAGUUCUCUGGAGCUCCGCCCAUCACCUGCACCUGGCUGAAGUUCAGGAAACCAAUCCAGAACUCCUCCGAUAUCUCCAUAGACAGCAGUGACAUCAGCAGCAGACUGACCAUCAGCAGCGGUCAGCAGGAGCACUGUGGAUGUUACACCAUCGAGCUGAGGAACGCCGUUGGCCUCCGACAGGCCGCCCUCAACCUCACCAUCGUCGAUAAACCCGACCCCCCAGCCAGGGUCCCUGCAGCCUCCGACAUCCGGCGGGCCAGUCUGACCCUGUCAUGGUACGGGCCGACCUACGACGGAGGCUGCGCCGUGCAGUCCUACAACCUGGAGAUCUGGGACUCGGUGGAGCCGCAGUGGAAGCUCCUGGUGUCCUGCAACAGCACCUCCUACAACGUGCAGAACCUUCUUCCAGAGCGACAGUAUAAGUUUCGUGUCCGGGCCGAGAACAUCUACGGAGUCGGAGAGCCGAGUGCCGAAUCUGAGCCGUUGACCGUUAGCCUGGAGGAUGAUGAUGAAGAAGCCGAGGUAGAGGAGGAGGAUGAAGACGUAGACAAGGAGCCGGACUACAGAGACGUGACCAUCAGGACGGACAUGAAGGUGAAGGAGCUGUACGACGUGGAGGAGCGGCUGGGAACGGGGAAGUUCGGGCAGGUCUUCAAACUGUUGGAGAAGGCGACGAAGAAGGUGUGGGCGGGCAAGUUCAUCAAAGUGUUCAAGGCGAAGGACAAGGAAAACGUCCGGCACGAGAUCGGCAUCAUGAACAGCCUCCACCACCCCAAGCUGGUGCAGUGCAUCGACGCCUUCGAGGGGAAGUCCGACAUCGUCAUGGUGCUGGAGAUGAUCUCUGGCGGCGAGCUGUUUGAGCGGAUCAUUGACGAGGACUUCGAGCUGACGGAGAGGGAGGUGAUCCGAUACAUGCUGCAGAUCAUCGAUGGAGUCAGCUUCAUACACAAACAGGGCAUCGUCCACCUCGACCUCAAACCCGAGAACAUCAUGUGUGUCAACAAGACCGGCGGCAAAAUCAAACUCAUCGACUUCGGCCUCGCCAGGCGACUAGAAAACGCCGGAACUCUGAAGGUUUUGUUUGGGACUCCAGAGUUUGUGGCUCCAGAAGUGAUCAACUAUGAAGGAAUCAGCUACCCCACCGACAUGUGGAGUAUAGGAGUCAUUUGCUACAUACUGUUGAGCGGUUUGUCUCCCUUCAUGGGCGACGACGACAACGAGACCCUGUCCAACGUCACCUCGGCCUCCUGGGACUUCGAGGACGAGGCCUUCGACGAGAUCUCUGACACCGCCAAGGACUUCAUCACCAACCUGCUGAAGAAAGACAUGAAAGCUCGGCUCACCUGUGCUCGGUGUUAUGAACACACCUGGCUGAAACAGGACACCACCACCAUGAAGUCCAAGAAGCUCUCCAAGGAGAGGAUGAAGAAGUACAUCCUGAGGAGGAAAUGGCAGAAAACGGCGAACGCCGUCCGAGCCAUCGGCCGACUGUCGUCCAUGGCGAUGAUGGCCGGAGUCAGCGCCAAGAAGGGCUCGCCGACCGAAGAGGACAACCAGUUCCUGGAGUGUCUGGAGUUCGAGCAGAAGUCGGACUGUAAACCUUCGUUCAGCUCGGUGAUCAAAGAUGUCGAGGUGGUCGAGGGCAGCGCCGCUCGCUUCGACUGCAAGAUCGAAGGUUUCCCCGACCCCGAGGUGGUUUGGUACAAAGACGAUCAGCCGAUCAAAGAGACGCGACACUUUCAGAUCGACUACGACGAGGAAGGAAACUGCAGCCUCGUCAUUUCAGAGGUGUCGGGUGACGACGAUGCCAAGUACACGGUGAAGGCGGUCAACAGUCUGGGGGAGGCGACCUGCACCGCCGAGCUGCUGGUGGAGGUGAUGGCCGGAGAGGAGGAGGAGGAGGAGGAAGAGGAGGAGGAGGAGGAAGAAGAGGAGGAGGAAGAAUAGAGCAUGUGUUGGUCUGGACUCCCACAGGAGGAGGAGGAAGAGGUGCUGCUCCACUUCAGCCCUUAGCAGGAAACAAAUAACAGGUUGGGAUUGGAGGAGGAGGAGGAGGAGGUGGGCGGAGUUUCCUCACCUGCAUCAUGCUCUGUGCUAAAUCCCGCCCACCUGUAACAAGGAGAACAGAAGCCCCGCCCCCCUCAGCUCAGCCUCCAAUCAUUGGGCUUCCUCACAUUUCAUUGGUCUUCUGUCUGUUUACAUCUCGUUAAAAUAAGAACUUACAUUCAAGAUAAACUAAUGAACGUCUUAGAGGAAACACGAGGAGCUGCUAGCUGCUCCAGGGCCCACCCCAAAGGCUCAUGGGAGCUGUAGUUCUUCGGGCGCGGGCCUUUGGCUCUCCAUGAACGCAUGUAGGCCUGCUCCCUGUGGGAGGCCAGGUGAGGAGGACGACGGUACAAUGAAGGAGGGACACAGCUUCACAUUCACAGAGUCAAGUCACCUGACGGAGGUCGUCAUGACUACAACAAGGCAGACGGUGGCAUUAGCGUGGCGUUAGCGCUGCGGCUAACCGUGUGGCAGAGGCUCAAAGACGAGAGUGUAACGUAGCCGUGUGUUAAACCUCACUAAAACUCAUAUUUCUGAUAGACGGCUAACUAUUGUUUAUUAGCUCACGUCAGCCUUAUUCGUUAGCUCAGUAGCUAACGAACAUUAGCUUAUUAGCAGCAGACAUUUGACCUUUCAAGAUUUAUUGAAAGAUCUUUAACAACCGGAAUACAAUGUGAGAAAAAAAAUAGUUAGCACGUUAGCUAAUGUCAGCGUGGUGACGUUAGCUAACAUGUUUAUUAUUGUUUAUUAGCUCACGUCAGCCUUAUUCAUCUUAGCUCAGUAGCUAAUGAACAUUAGCUUAUUAGCAGCAGACGAUUAAAGAUUCAUUGAACCACCAGAAUAUAAUAUGAGAAAAAAAAAUAGGUAGCACGCUAGCGUGUGUUAGCACAGCUCGUUUUACUUCUCGCUUCUGAAUCUUUUCCAAAGUGUUCGUGCCAGAUUGAGGUUUUAUUGUUCUGCAGAAGGUUUACGUCGCCACACGGGGCUUCUGGGUAAUGAAGUCCUCCAGUCAAAGGAUUGCAACACUGAGCUGCUAAAAAACAAAAAAAGUGCCUUAAUUGUCCCGUGACCGGGCUGUGUGACUGUGAGGCUGAGGUAUAAGUUAUAUAACAAUAAUCCAUGUUUUAUUCUAUAAUCUUUUGCAUCUGAUGUGUUCAUUCUGAGAGAAGUUGAGCGCACCUUGAGCACUUUUAUUUUUUUAGUUUUACUCAAACCUCUCCCGGCUGAGUUGAACCUCGGCCUCGGCCUUUAAAGUGACGCAUGACACGUUCAAUGACGUCUGGAGGAUUUUCUACCAUCACUUGAGACCUUUUUCUCCUUUUGGCUGCCUUGAAAAACACGUUAGCACGUUAGCACGACGAACACAAAAUACCACGACUGAAUAUUCAGGAAUACUGCGUAGUACAACUCUUAUCUCCCCGGAAAGAAAACAUAUUUAAAAACUUGGGACAUCAAAAUUUAAAUAUCUGUAUUUUGUAAAUUAGAUGAAAUCUAAGACUUAAUCUCAAAAUAUUUUUGGUAACUCAGAUUUACUUCAUUGCCGAAACUCAAACAAUUUACUGAAAAUAUUCCAAAUCCGUUGAAGUGAGUUUAUUUAACUGUGUGCCGGUGACCUCUGACCCCUCUUUUCUUUUUCACAUUCCAACUCUCUGUUUGUGAUUUGAAAACAUUUAUUUAAAGUUUUUUUUUCGGGGGGCGACUCAGUUUUCAACCAAAGAAACGACGUCUUUAAUAAUUCACAGGUGUGUUUGUGUGAUCAUCUAAUGUCGAGACCGGACCGGGUCCAUGUGUGCGUUUGGUGGUUGUGUGUUUUUGAGAAUGUUUUAUUUUUUCGACUUAUUUAAUGCACAGAUUCAUAAUUAUGAUAUUAUCAUUUGAGCAGAUCUUCUCGACUCGCUCCUCCACUGGUUUGUUUGCUAUUAGAUGUACGUGGAUUAUAUUUCUCGAAUUUUUAUAAAUAUAUAUCGGUUUGAUGACUGCAGAUGACAUGUAUAAGAACACUACGACUGUAGUUACAGAACAAUAAAUAAAUCUACCACAAAACCA